UUAAUUUUUGUGGCUGCUGUAUAUGAACCUCAUGAUAAAUUCUGGGAUCAGAAUCGGACCAGUAUCGACAGUUAUGAUGAUUUACUACGCCAUUUAAGAAAAAGGAACAUUCGUCGGAAAAGCAAGUAAGUGUUGAAUAGAAAAUAUUCAUCGUUUAUAAUUCGUUCACUCAUAUCUUCACAAAAUAAUUGUAAUCGCCGAUCAAAAUCGUCUUCAUUAACCUUCAACCGACCGCUGGCGAUAUUCGUUCCUAAUUUUUCCCCACUACUAUCUGUCGUUCACGCGUAUGAGUUUUAGUACCUUCCUAUUAGUACAACAGCAGCGCUAGAGUAGUGUAGUCGUGUUUAUUUGAGCGUUAGUUUUUUCGUAAUAAAAGAAAGCGGUCCGUGGUACCUCACAGCGGCAUAAGUGUAAAGUGUCUGGGUGUGUACAACAUUUUUGUAUUGUUAAUAAAAAUGGCUUCUGGACAUGUUUCCGACGGUGUAAACUUUGCUGACUCCGAUUUCGAAGCCAAGGUCAUGCGCAUUCUCGAAUCACCAGACUCAGAUGUGGAAAUGUCCGACCAAGAUGAAGAUUAUGUUGAAGAAAGUGAACAUGAUACCGAUUCCGAAUUAGAUCUAGAACCGAAUGAAGAGUUUGAUCCAUCCAAUACUCAAUCAGGGAGUUCUUCUAAACGUCGUAAACAAUGGAACAAGGGGCAAAUGGUGUUGGCGAUUAAAGCAGUUCGAACUCAUGUCAUGGGUUACAAGACAGCGGCGAAACAUUUUCAAGUACCGAAAGGUACCCUUGAACGUUAUGUUAAAAACAUUAAUUUUUCUCCUGAAGAACUCGUUCGUACAACACUUGGUAGAAAACCUGCUUUAGGAAAAGCUAUCGAGGAUGAGCUAGUUCGAUACUGUCUCGAUAUGGAUAAUAGGUUUUUUGGUCUGCGAAGAUCUGAUGUAAAACGCAUGGCCUUCGAGUUGGCAAUUGCUAAUAAUAUCCAGCACCCAUUUUCACAGGAAAAAGGCGUUGCAGGAAAAAAAUGGCUUAGAGGAUUUUUCAAACGUAAUCGUCAGCUGUCUGUUAGGUCACCUCAAGGCAUGUCCAAUGCCAGAAUACGGGGAUUCAAUCAAGAAAGCGUUGCUUCAUUCUUCGAUUUGUACGAAAAGGAAUUAUCGAAAAUCAAUUUUGCACCACAAAGGUUGUUUAACGUGGAUGAGACAGGGAUUAGUGUGGUGCAACAUAAAAGAAGUAAGGUCAUUUCUGCUAAAGGUAAAAAGCAAGUAGCAACACUUACAUCAGCUGAAAGGGGAGGCCUUAUUACAGUGGUGACAUGCAUGAAUGCCGUAGGAACUUACGUACCGCCUUUAAUUGUGUGGCCUAGAAAAAAUAUGAAAAUUGAAUUGAUGGACGGUGCGCCAACCGGUUCCAUUUACGCAUGUCACCCUUCUGGAUGGAUUCAAGCCGAAAUAUUUACACAAUGGUUUGACCAUUUUAUUAAAUUCACAAAGCCAACACCAUCAGAUCCUGUGUUAUUGGUGCUCGAUGGACACUACUCCCAUACGCGUAACAUAGACGUAAUAAAUAAAGCUAGAGAAAACCACGUAUCAAUUGUUUGCCUACCUCCCCACAGCACACAUCGCAUGCAACCGUUGGAUGUAGGAUUCAUGGGGCCUCUGAAAACGUACUAUGCUCAGGAAAUUGAGACUUGGCUGCGAAACAACCCUGAUCGUAUUGUCACGCCAUUUAUCAUUGCAAGACUAUUUUCAGUUGCAUAUAACAGAGCAGCCACUAUGGAGGUUUCGGUGAACUCGUUUAGAACAACGGGACUAUUUCCGCUUAAUAGAAAUAUUUUCCGAGAUCAUGAUUUCUCAGUGUUCGAAGUUGAGGAGAAAUUAACAGUCCCUGAAGAUACUGUAAGUCGUCCUCCACCGGGAUCUUCCACAGAAUCUAGAAACAUUGAAUAUACUUCAGGAAAAUCAGAAGGUAUCAGUUGCAUUAAAACAGCUUUAGAUAAUCCCCGUCCAGGAACUUCCAAAGAUUCUAGCGAUAUUGAGGAUGCCGCAGAUGAUCCACGGCCGGGAAAUUCAAAAGAGUCCAAUGAUCAGGGGGCUGUAAAUAGUUCUCGUAAAGCCGUCAAAUACCUUUCAGAACCUACAAAGCUUGUCAGUCCAGUGCAGAUAAAACCUCUUCCCAAAAUAAAGAGCAAGAAGCCCAGUGCUCGUGCAGGCAGUGCAGCAUUGAUUACCUCAUCUCCUUACAAAGAUGAUUUAACAGAAAGUUUGGAUAAGAAACGUAAAAAGGAAGAUUCCGCAAAACAUAGCAAAGUUACAUCAGUUACAAAGAAGGUUAAGUUUGACGAUGCAAGGGAAGCAAAGUUUCGCAAACCAAAAAGUACUAAACGGUUUAAAAUGAAGAGGGCCGAUUUAAGUGACAGCUCAACUGAUGAAAGCGAUGACUUGGGAGAAGUUGUUGUUGAUGAUGAGAGUGAUGGUGACGAAAAUUAUGACGCAGAAUGCCUCUUCUGCACAAGCAUGUAUUCUGCAGACAAGCAUGGUGAACAGUGGGUUAGGUGUACAGUGUGCUACAGAUGGGCCCAUGAAGAUUGUGGUGCAGAAGAUCCUAUCUUUGUGUGCCCAAUGUGUGAAAAAAGACAGAAAAAGUAA